AAAGCAUCAGACACCAUGACCAUUAGAAACGCUAUCCGGGAUCAUGGACAGAGGUAUCGACCGCGGAUGGCUUGUUUCAAGAAGGCGGAGAAGGUGGUGCUGGAGAUGCAGGACCCCAAAACAGGAGUUAAGUCACAGCUUCAGAGACUGGUUAUCACAACAAUACCACACGCUAUUACUGGUGAAGAUAUAAUUGCGUGGUUAGCUGACAGAUUCCAAAUAGACACACAAGAGGCGAGGAGUUUUGGGUCUAUGCUGGUGGCAUUAGGAUACAUCUACCCUCUUCAAGACCACAAACGCUUAGUGAUAAAACCAGAUGCAUCCCUCUAUCGCUUCCAGACACCGUAUUUCUGGCCCACACAGCAGUGGCCCGUUGAGGAUACAGAUUACGCAAUCUAUCUGGCGAAAAGAAACAUACGUAAGAAAGGAAUACUGGAGCUGCAUGAGCAGGAGCAAUAUAACCGCCUUCACAAGUGGAUGAAUCAUAAAUGGGAUUUCAUUGUGAUGCAAGCUAAAGAGCAGUACAGGGCUGCAAAGGAGAGGAAGAAACCGGACCGUGUGGUGUUUGAGUGCCAGGAGAGAGCGUACUGGGUGGUUCACAGACCACCGCCGGGGACAGUGAGCGCCAUGGACUAUGGACUGGAUCGACGAAUAGAUCCUAACACAGACGAGACAAAAACACCCGACUUCUACGAGAGAAUUAUGAUCUUCACCCAGCAGUCCAUCAUGAGGCCCAGAGUGAAGUCAUCUGUGUCCAUUGGCGCAUUGGUGAAGUACUGUGCCACCUAUAACAACCACGACCCUUUCCUCCUGAAGUGUCUUCCCAGCAACCCCUGGCUCACUGAUGAUGCCACGUACUGGACCUUGAACAUGCCGAACGUGGAAAUACCGACCAAAAUGCGUGUGGAGAGGUGGACGUUCAGCUUUGGAGAGCUGCUCUCAGACCCUCGAGGACGAAAUGAUUUCAGACUCUUCUUGAAGAAGGAAUUCAGCGGUGAGAACUUGGCAUUCUGGGAAAGCUGCGAAGAUCUGAAGUGGGGCACUGCUGCGACGAUGAGAGAGAAAGCAGAGCAGAUCUACAAGACAUUCCUGGCGCGUGGUGCACCCCGGUGGAUUAACAUCGAUGGAAAGACGAUGGAAGUCACGGUGAAGGGGCUGAAACACCCGCACAGAUACGUCCUGGACGCAGCCCAAACUCACAUCUACAUGCUCAUGAAGAAGGACUCAUACGGGCGGUACAUGAAAUCUCCAGUGUUUAAGGAGACGACGAAGAAGGCCAUCUGUCCUGAAGAGCACAAGUUCUCUGACACCCAGUUGGAGCAGAAUGCAAGGAACAGACGGCCCAGUCUCAGCCCCAUCAUCCUCCGGCAGAUGGAGGAGGAGCAGAAGGCCAAGAUGGCCGCCAAUGUUGACAUCACACAGGUCAUGACCAAACUCAGCCAGCAGGGCAAGGAGGCACCUCCUCCUCCUCCUCGUCCUAAAAAGAACUGAACACAAACAAGUGAUGUUCAGUGAUGUCGAUAAGUUUUACCUACUAAUUAGUCAAGAUUAGUGUUUUCUCAUUUUAUUCUAUUAGAUUAUUUAGUGGAAUAAUUUAAAUAAAGCUGUAGUUUAUUUCCUAAAGACAAUGUUUACAUUUUAAUGCCAUUUUAUUUGAAUUUUUUUUUAUAAUAAAAAUGGAUCAGAUGGCUAUACUUAAUAUGAAAGGGGUUGCUAGUGAUGAACCCACAGAUAACUGCUGUUUCCCUAAACUAAAGGGAGCUUUAUAGCAUCUUUCAGCUUAUUGUUUGUUUACAGCCUGCAACCUUACUGUUGUAGUACUGUUAUACUGGUUUACUCUCAUCGCUCUUACAGCGUUGCAGGCAGCUUUUUUUUUUCAGCCAAAAAACUCUAAAAACCCUCGUACACUACCCGCUCAACAACAAACGGCAGACAGAAAUAAUUAGCGACUAGCUGGUGAACAAAGUGGAGCAUUUAGUAGCUGAAGAGACUCCCUCAGGAGCUGGUAGACACCAAAAAUAGAGCUAAAAGGAGAGUGCGUAUUGUACUUAUAAUCACCAGGUAAUGAAAGCAAGUGUUGUUUUGAGUCUGCUGGAUGAGGUUUGACGGAUGAUGUUUUAAACUGCCUCAAACAAUCACAAACAUCUAUUUCCAGUGUAACAUGCAGCGGAAACUCCUAGUUAGUGUCUGUUUCAGCCUCGAAAUGCCACAAACCAAAUCCAACCCUGCAAACCGCUGUCACAUGAUGCAGAACAGAAAAAUUUAAAGUUUUUGGGGAAUGGGAACGUGCAAUACUUAAAAUACAGUCAUAAUUUAGUUGCGUAUUAAAAGCCAGUGUUAAAUAUGAACAUGAGGUAGUAGAAGUAUAUUAUUUUAUUAUUAUAUUAUUAGGGUCAGUUCACCCAACUUACAAAACACAUUGCAUAAACAUUUUCCCACUACUUACCUCUUAUGGUAUCUUGCCCUGCACACGUUUUGGUUUUACAUACAUGAAAUAUUUAAAUGAAAUUCUAAUAAAAGCAAUACGAGGGGUCCGGUUUUUGUGAUUUGGACGAACUGAGCCUUUAAUUAGACAGACCUCAGUCUAUACAGGAGGAGGAUAUCAUGCCAGCUGUUAUCAUCUGUUACAUUUCUGUCCAUACAAGCUGUCGUCUGUAAUGUUGUUUCUCAUAAUACAUGUGUUGUGUUGUCCAUCUUCACUCAUAGACUGUAUGUUUAUUAGUAUUUUGCUGUAUGUUUUCUUUGUCAUCAGUCAUGAGCUAAUAAAACACGCACACACAAACCGCCUC